ACGAGAAGCAACUUUUUCCUCUGUUUACUGUAAUAGCCAUUAAAGUAAUGUAAAGUCAUGUAAAUAUGCUUCAUUUUAUUUGUCUCAUUCUUUUGGCUUCUGGAUUUAUUUUGGCACAGGAAAAACGUCUGCUUUGUAGGUCGCCUGAUUUGGAACUAUUUUAUUCUCCUUGCGAUUCCAGCAAUGAAACAAUAUUUUUUGAUAUAAAGCCAUGUUCUCUUAACGGUUUUUCAAAAUGGAAUGGAACUAUAUUCUGGAUUCCAAAGAGAGAUUUAACUUUUCUCAGAACGAUAUUAGGCUUGUGGUAUGAAACUAAGAAAGUCAUAGAAUGGAAACGUGUUGUUUGUGCUGGUGAGGACGAUGACUAUACAUAUUGUGGAGCUCUGAAGGGAGAGACUAUCAACACAACUGUGAGAAUCAGUGCUGGAAAAGCAAAUUACCCAAUGGGAGAAUACACAGCAACUCUGAAAGGAUUCUCUGGCUAUUCUGAAGCAGACUUGUUUAUAUGUAUGAAUUUUACAUUAAUCCUUAAAAAGGAGCCUUUCUACAAUUUUGGAUAAGUUGUUCUUCUAAACCAUUUCAUAGCAUAAGAACUGCUUUCCGCAUUUGAACUGACUGCUGUGAAGUUUUAUCUUUGUUGGUGGAAUUGUCUAAAAAAAAUACAAAUUUCUAUUUUUAUGUUAUAAUAAAAAUGGAUUAAACUCAA